AUGGUUUUUGGAUCAGGAAGAGCGAUAAGGAUUGAUUUAGGAACGACAUAUUCAUGUGUUGGAGUAUGGCAAAACGGCCAUGUUGAGAUUAUCCCUAAUGACCAAGGAAAUCGCACUACACAUUCUUAUGUUGCUUUUACAGAUGAUCAACAUUUUAUCGGUGAUGUUGUUCUAAAUCAAGUUGCUAUGAAUACUACUAACACCAUUUUCGAUGUGAAACGUUUGAUUGGUAGAAAAAUCAAUGAUGCGUCUGUUCAGAGUGAUAUGCAGCUAUGGCCGUUCAAAGUCAUUUCUGGAGAAGACAUGAGGCCAAUGAUACAAGUCAAUUACAUGGGAAAGGCUAAAACAUUAUCUGCUGAAGAAAUCUCGUCCAUGCGUCAAGCUACUAAAGAUGCUGGCAAAAUCGUUGGCCUUCAUAUACUGCGAAUCAUCAAUGAACCUACCCCCGCGGGGAUGGCUUACGGUCUUGAUAAAAAGUACACGAAUGUUAUUGCAGAGAAUGUUCUCAUCUUUGAUUUGGGAGGACAAUUGGAUUCUAAACACGAACAGAUUAAAUAA